UUACAGCUUGCCACAAAGAAUGACGUGUUUUUUAUUUCGACUCAGCAUAUUCGUCUUGAUCUCUCACUCAGCCAUCGGCAUAGAGAUCAAUGAGGAAGUAGAAGACCCAAAUUAUCUCUACAGCACAUCAGUUGCCAGUAUGGCAAAGUUAUUGGAAAUGGAGAAUAAGUUGUUGACUCAGCUUAAAAGCUACGCGAAGCUCAUGCAACAGAAGUUGGAUAUGAUCAACCUUUAUCAAGAAAUGCUACAUCGUCCUCCAAUGAUCGAUGCCGAGAGUCAAGAACAAUAUGUUUCAAAUCCACUAAAUGCAUAUGGAUUGCUGCGAAGACUGCAUCAAGAUUGGCCCAAGUGGUUAUCCUAUUUAGACACUCGAGAGUUGAUCGAGCAAAUGCAACUACAGCUAAAGAAGGCGCCAAGUGAAAAGGAUCUACACUUGGCAACCGAAGGAUUACUGCGCAUUGAGAGCUUUUACGAUCUAGAGGCAUCGCACAUGGCCAAAGGAUUAAUCCUGGAUAAGCAAUACAACUCUCAUUUGAAUCCAGCUGAUUGCAUGGCUCUGGGCAAUCAUCUGUUGAAUCUCACAGAGUACUCCAAGUCCACACAUUGGUUCCGCACUGCAUUGCGCAACUACAAACAGCCCUAUGGGAAAUUAUAUAACCAAGUGUUGGGAUUAAAACGCAUUAAAUUGACUCGAGCAUAUGCACUGGCUAUUGCCAGAGAUACUGAUGGCAUCGAGAAGAAGCCUCAGGAUACAACAAUGAAGGAAUGGCAGAAAAUGGCAGACAAAAUGCUCGACGAUUUGGUGUUUAAGGCAAGCAAUGAGAAAAUCAAGAAACUAACGAAGGAGUAUCUUGACGCCGACGAGCAGAUUUUCAUCAACGCACGUGCUAAGCAUAAACCAAAACCUACGGCCAUGCAACUUGGAUGUCGAGGACUCUGGGAGAAGCCAAAGCCACAUCGAUUGACUUGCAGAUAUUCGCAGGCAGACAGCGCAUUUCUGCGCCUGGCUCCGCUUAAAGAGGAAACACUGAGCACUCAGCCACUCAUCAUUCUCCUUCAUCAAGUGCUGUCCGACAGCGAAGUGAGGUCCCUGAAAAACUUGUCGCUUUAUCGCACAUCCAGAGAUUUUGCCAAGCAGAGUGUGAAACUAUUCCCCUUGGAGGAGACUCAAGCGACUUUGCAACGUCAACUGAAUCGGCGAAUAAUGCACAUAUUGGGCGUUGGUCCAACGGAUCACAGUUUGCAUGUUUACAACUAUGGACUCGGUGGCUACUUGCAGAGAAAUUCCAAGUCGACUUGUCGUGGACCCCCAAAAAAAACAAAGCUCAAGAAAUCAGCCAGCGCAGCACAAAUCAAUGUUCAGGAACGUUGCCACAGCAAACACAUUGCCACAAUGAUUAUUUAUGCCAGCGAUGUACCGCUAGGUGGCGCCACAAUAUUUCCCAAGCUGCAGCUGCUCGUGCAACCGAAGAAAGGCAACGUCUUAGUCUGGAUAAAUCGCGACAACGAGAAGAAACCAGAGAAACUAGCCGAACAUGCAGUCUGUCCGGUUGUCAUGGGUUCCCGAUGGGUCAUGUCAAAUUGCAUAGCUGCCGGACUGGAGAUGCUAAAGCAGCCGUGUCUGGCCUGAAAGUCUCGCCAUUAGAAUAUGUAAGAGCAAAGCUAAUAAAACAGCAAGCGCAGAAGCGCCUACAAAA